AUGGCACUGGCAACGACACCAUCAUCAAACCAACCCUUUGGAGAUUUAGAUCUUCGAUUUAUGCCUGCAUAUUCAUGGUGUUCCGAAAGUAAACAAUGGGGAGAUGUAUCAGCAGACACAGACUCUUCAGCUCAACACGUUUACUGGAAUGAAAGUCAAGAAUUAAAGUGUGCCACAUUCAAUGUUUUAUUUGACAUUUAUCAAAAUAAUAUUGUCCAAAGUGAUAUUCGAUAUGCGGUUCAAAUACGAAUGCUUGAGAAAUUACAACUUGAUGUGCUGUCUUUGAAUGAAAUGACACCACCCUAUCUCCUGAAACUCAUGAAUGAGAAGUGGGUUCAAGACAAUUAUUACAUUUCCGAAACUGAAACUGGAGAAAAGAAAGAAACUGGCCAUUCCACCAUUUUGCCUUAUGGAAAUUUGCUCAUGUUAUCCAAGCACAAAUUUAAUAAUGUCAAAUUUUUAAAACACAAAUUUUCCAAUCCAAGUACAUUCUCAAGAAGAGCAGUUCUUUCCAUUGCUACACUUAAAACAACCUCUGGACAUGAAAUUACUAUUUGUUUUGGAUCUGUACAUUUAAAGGCAAAAAAGGAAUGCUUUGAUAUUCGAAAGAAACAAUGCCAAGAACUGUAUACAGUUUCUAAAUACUUGACAGAGAAGAAUUUUUGCAGAGAAUUAAUUUAUUUAGGGGAUUGGAAUUUGAACAUGCCUUUCGAAACUCACUUCAUUUCACACAAUAAGGAAUUUACUGAUCUAUGGCUAAAACAUUACGACAUUGAAAAGGAUGGAGAAAAAGGAUUUACCAUGGAUGCUACUCUCAAUCCCAUGAUUGAGAAAAUGAAUCCUGGCGAUACGGCAAAACAACUUCGUCUCGAUCGAGUCAUUCAAUGGAAUGCCAAUGAAUCAAUGCUGCAGUGCAACUCCAUCAAACUCUUUGCCACAAAUUCAGUGAAGAAACUCCUUCGAAACAAACUUUUAUUCACAGAGGAAGAAUCAAAAAAUUAUCUCAUUCUUGCCAAGGACUAUUUGUAUUGCAGUGAUCAUUUUGGAAUUUACUUUACACUCAAAUGGUCAGAGAGAACAUCUGGAAAUUAG